AGGUUGUGACUGGAAGCAUCAGUGAUUUUAAAGUUGGUCUCCGAUGGAUUCUCUGUGUCCGGAUACUUCCAGUAGUAGUAUUAUUUGAAAAUAUUGUACUGGUGCAAUACGCGAUAAUAUAAAUUAUGUCGGCCUUGAAUGUCGCCGCGCAAUUCAGUGACGAUGAAUGUUCUGCGGACGAAGACAAGGCGGAUUCAGUUGAUGAUGAAUCUUGUCCGGAUAAAGGUCCUUGGACAGCUAGAGCCACCUUUAUUUUGCUGGGAUCAUUGGGAUUUUUCAACGUAUACGCCAUGCGCGUAAACCUCAGUAUCGCGAUCAUGUCGAUGGUCAAAAGUGGCGGCAGCAGUGGGAAUUUCACGCCAGUUUGUGGACACCGUAGUAAGGCCAGCGCAUUUGUUUCGAUGGAAAGUGAUGGAGAAUUCGAUUGGGAUGAAGCUACGCAAGGAUUGGUCUUGGGCUCUUUCUUCUGG